UGAAGUUUCAAUGAAACAUCUUUAAACCCUAUAACCAGGUCCACCAUUAAACCUUUCAGUUUCAGCUCAAAGCUCUGCGUUAACGGAAGCCCCGUGAAGAAGGUUUCGGGCUUUGAAUUCCCACACCCUAAUUAAGUUCUUUGGUUACGUGAGGAAAAAGGUGACUGUGUAUCUGAAUCCAAAUCUGAAUGGGUUAUCUUCAAUUUGGAAGACAUGGUGUUAGGAAGAUCAUUAGAUCUAGAGAUAUCAGUUAUGAUAAUGUUGUGGUGAACCCACUCCUGUUUGCUUCCCAAGGGCUUCGUUACAAGAGGAAGCUCCAAGUCAUCCUUACAACUGACAUAGAUAAGCUGGGAAAGGCAGGUGAUACUGUCAAAGUUGCCCCUGGAUAUUUUCGCAACCACCUAAUGCCUAAGCUCCUUGCUUUCCCUAACAUUGAUAAGUUUGCUUAUCUUCUCAACGAGCAGCGCAAGAUCUAUCAACCAACUGAGGAAGAAAAACAAGAAGAUCUCACUGAAGUUAAAGAAUCAAAGGAAGAUAAGAUGAAAGAGUAUGAAAGAGCUGCACUGCGUCUUGAUAAAGCUAAGCUGGUCUUGCGGAGGUUAAUUGAUGUUCAAAAGGCCAAAUCACGUGAAUCCAAAGCUGACCCCUUGGAAUUACGUUAUGCUGUGACAAAAGACGAUCUUGUGGCUGAGGUGGCGAGACAACUCUGCGUGAACAUUGCANNCGAUAACCUGCAUCUUCCAUCACCUUUAUCNACGUUGGGAGAAUAUGAGGUGCCACUGCGAUUACCAAGAUCCAUCCCCCUGCCAGAGGGCAAGGUUAAUUGGAGUUUGAAAGUUAAAAUCAGGAGUAAAUAAAUCAUUGUCUUGUGGAAUUCCGUUCACAGGGGAUGAAAUUAUUGUUUUGUGCUGAUAGUCAUCAAAUUGAACCUGGGAUUUUGACACAUUUAACAUAAAUGUUGACAUGUUUUUAUUUAUAGAAAACAUAAAUGUUGACACAUUUAACAAUGUCUUUUCCAUAUUCUGUUAUGACUGAGUGAAAUCUCAUGUUCUUUGACA